AUGGUACUAUGUUAAAAGCAAGAUGUUUAUGAGUGCUUUUAAAUAUGCAAAGCUCCUCAUGAUGACUGUGUUAUUGGUAAAACAAAAUUAUAAAGCGGUAUUUUAUGUUUACCCUAGCUAUAAUUAUGCUUGAACCAUUGUUCCCAUCCUGAGCAAAGAAGCGAUUUAAAUAUUUCAAAAGAGUGUAAAAACUUAUGCAAAAACGAUUUUUUUGUUUGCAACAUUUAGUGCAAAGACCAGUAAUGCGAUAAACAGUGCGUAGAAGGAUUGAAACAUUGCAUGAAUUAUGAAUGUUCUUGA